UUUGGAGAAAAGUUGUGUAAAUAUUGUUACGUUUUGUAUAUGGUGAGAAUGACCCUUUCGUGUCGCCUUGAAAAUUCGGGUCGGGAUGAAAAUCCGAUUUGGAUGUGCGGAGGAUAGGCGGGAGUGUAACAGUAAAAAUGCGCAAAAAGAGGAUGCAAAAAGCUUUAAGUCGCCCGGGGCUAAGCGCGCUUCUCGAGGAUAAGACGAGUCGGACCGCUUCCUUGAAGAAGACCUUACGACGGCCAUUUUGAUUUUUCGUCGGUGUUUAUUAAUCUUCGGGAAGACUCUUCUGGCCGCCAUUUUUGUUUUCCGUGCGACCCUCUUGACCGCCAUUUUUUAUUUCCCUCAGAAUCGCGGGAACGAUUAUUUAAUCCACGAUUACGUGACUUUAUUUUGCAAGAAAGAAAGUUAAUUAUUAUUAACGUAAACUGGACUUUCUGGUCAGUGAUAAUCGUGAGGAAUAUUUCCGCGAGGUGAUAAGGCACCGGCUUUGAAAAGAAGAAUGCUUCUCGGGAUCUUAGUCGUCGCUGUCUCUCUCUCCUCGACGUUAUUAGCUAAGGCGAAAAAAGAAGAUGACCUCGACAUUAUCGGAGAAUAUACUUCAUUUUCGCAAACACGAAAAAUGGAGGAAAAAGUUCGGCAACUCGAGGAGAGGAUUAAUAAUAUAAUAGGAAAGAAAUUAACAGAUUCAGAUUCAGUAAUUCAGGAAAGUCUCAAAGAAAAGGAAGAGAAAAAAUCAGCACAAGAAGACGAUGAAAAUAUUUCGACAUUUUCUUCUUCGAUAGACAAAAAGGAAGACUCGAAGCAUGAGAAGAGAAAAUUAAAGGAAAAAGAGACUUCGAUUCGACAUGAGGGAGAAGAGGAAAUGGAAACUGGGAAUGUUGAAGAAGAUGAAGGGAUGAAGAAACACGAUGUCAAUUUUGAAGACAGGUAUAUUAUUAAAGAUUUUAAUGGCUGGAAAAGAGAGGUUAGGAGUAUGCCAAAUUUUAGGCACGUCGAAGGAGAUACGGAACUAAGAAAUUGGCCAGCAGAAGGCUUCGAAGUGGAGAAGGAUCGCCGAAAGGAGGGGAAGAAGGAAGAGAACGAGGAACAUUGGAAGGAGAAAGAAAAUCUAAGAAACUAUGGAAAUCAAGAGACGCUGAAAGGGGAAUUCAAGAAUGAAGCAAAAGAUACGUCGAAUGUCAUCGAGAGAAGAGAUGGAAAUUUUCUGGACAAUGCGAAAAGACUAGGAAUGCAUUUUCUUAAAGAAAGAAGUAAAGAGACAGCUUCGAAGGUGAGGAAAGGCAAAAAAACAUUCUUCGGUGACUUAGAUGUGAAUUUUGGAAACUUGCCGAAGGAUUCCAGCCAGGACGAAGAAGUGAUAAAGAACAUCAGGCGAUUGAUUGCGAGUGAACUUCAAGGAAUGAAGAUCCCAAUAAAGAUGAAAGAAGCUGAAGAAAGAGAAAGAGACUCAAACGUGUCAAAAUUGGGAUCGAGUGUAAACGUCAAAGAUACUUUCAAUAUUGAUUCCGAAAAGGAUCUCAGGAAGGACAACCAUAAAAACGAAGAAUUAAGAAAACCCGAAAAUGAGAUUUUCAUGGCAAAGCUGUCAAAAAAUGGUGGAAUAGAAAACCAUGUUGCAAGAAAAAGUGGGGAGAAAAACCUAACCAAGAAUUUUUCAACGGCGAAGGAAGAAGAAGGAGCCAAAUUGUUCUCAAACACACGCACGAAAUUUGUCAGAAUUUCAAUUCUAUCAGAGAAUUCAACGGAUGUUGAAGAAGAAAAAGGUACCUUAAACUUUGACGAUAGGAAGAGCGAACAGGAGAAGAUAAAUGGAACUGUAGUAGCGCAUAAACUGGACAAGACUGAAAAUAAAAACGUUCAAAGAAAUUCAACAGGUAUUAAUGUCAAUAGAGAUAAAAUUGAUAACAUAGAAAGUAGAACCGAAGAAGAAACCUCGAAGCCUGGAGUAGACGACAUCGUAGAAGCUGCUGACUUCGGAAUGCAAGCUAUGAACGAUCUGUAUUACAUAAAGGAACCAAAAUUAUACUCGAUGGGACUGUUUCUGAGCUCGAAUGAUCCAGCAACUUACGUGGCAGCUUUCAAUGACCAAACCGAUGAAGCAAGACAUCUCGCAAAGUUUGGCUUCGCAGCUCUUGAAGGAUCCAGAUUAUUUUUCAACAAGUACCCAGAGUUCUCAAGGGAGGUUCCGCUGACUAAAAGCACUCCUCGAUCGACUCUUCAUCGACAAUGUCCAAGAAGAGGAGUGCCACAGUGCACCGCAGCCAGCAUUAAAUACAGAACCACCGAUGGCAGUUGCAACAAUCGAGAACACCUUUGGUGGGGUUCGGCAAUGUCAUCGAUGCAAAGGUUCCUGCCCCCGGUCUACGAAGAUGGCAUCCAGACCAUCAGGAGAUCGGUCACUGGAAAAUCUCUUCCGAGUCCCAGAGACAUUUCCAAUACGGUUCAUCAGGACAAAGAUGUACCACUGGCUUCGGUCACUCAUAUGUUGAUGCAGUGGGGUCAAUUUAUAGACCACGACAUCACAGCUACUGGACAAAGUAGAGGAUUCAAUGGGACCGUCCCCCAGUGUUGCUUGCCUCAUGGUCUUGGUUUCCAGCCACCAGAGUUCAUGCAUCCGGAGUGCCUGCCGAUCGCUGUUUCGCCCCAGGACACGUUCCUGGGUCCCCUGGGAGUAAAAUGCUUGGAAUUUGUGAGAAGUGGUCCUGCUCCUCGAGAAAAUUGCGACUUCGGACCCAGGGAACAAUUGUCCCAGGUGACGAGCUUCGUGGACGCGUCGACGGUUUAUAGCAGCAAUGCUCAUCACAGCGACAGUCUCAGACUUUUCCGAAAUGGAUUGUUGCAAUAUGGGAGAAUCCAGUCCCGGAGGCCAGUUCUUCCCAGAGAGGAGCCAUCGGAUCUCUGUCGUCGCGGGUCUCUGUCCAUGACGUGCUUCAGGGCGGGCGAUGGCCGAGUCAGCGAGCAACCUGGACUGACGUCUCUUCACGUCGUCUUUCUGCGGCAACACAACAGAAUCGCUACCCAGAUGACCGCUCUGAACCCGCAUUGGAGCGACGAAAAGCUCUUCCAGGAGAUCCGGAAGAUCGUCGCGGCCCUGGUCCAACACAUCACCUACAGGGAGUUCCUGCCGAUCGUCCUUGGACACGAGGUGAUGAAACUGUUUAAUCUCGAGAUCUUGAAGAAAGGCUACUACGAGGGCUACGACCCCACGGUGAACCCUGACAUAGCGAACGCCUUCUCCACCGCGGCCUACAGAUUUGGUCACUCCAUGGUCCAGUCCAGCUUCGUCAGGUUCGACCGGAACCACCAGCCACUGUUUAACAACGUCAGCCUGCACAACGAGUUCGCGAACCCGGUGAACCUGGAGACGGCAGGAUCGGUCGAUCGUCUUCUCCUGGGCCUGGUGAACCAGCAGUCGCAGAAGAGGGACGAGUUCCUCUCGGGCGAGCUGACGAAUCGUCUCUUCCAGACCCCGGGGUUCCCCUUCGGGAUGGACCUGGCCUCCCUGAACAUCCAGAGAGGUCGGGACCACGGCAUCCCUCCCUACGUCAGGUGGAGGGAACCCUGCAGCCUGUCGGCCAUCCGCACCUGGGAGGACCUGGACAGGGUGAUGAGCGCGUCGACUGCUAGGAAGCUCCGGGAGCUUUACUCUCACGUGGAGGACGUAGACCUGUUCCCGGCGGGGUUGGCCGAGAGGGCCGUUCCUGGGGGACUCGUCGGCCCCACCUUCGCCUGCAUCAUCGCCCAGCAGUUCAGCAAUCUCCGCAAGGGCGAUCGGUUCUGGUACGAGAACCCCAACCUGGAGAGCGGCUUCACGCCUGCGCAGCUCAGACGGAUCAAGAGGGUAACUCUCGCCCAGGUCCUCUGCAAGACCAUGGACAGCAUCGAGACCAUCCAGCCCUUCGUCUUCCUGACUGCGGACACCCUGAGGAACGGAAGACUGCCCUGUGGAAGCGAGUUCAUCGGUACCCUGGACUUGGAGCCUUGGAGGGAGAGGCAAGGUGGAACCACUAAUAAAGGGGACCAGGAAGAGGAUGUCGAGAUCGUGGAGAGUCAAGACGUGGAAGUUAGGGAAAGGACUUCUUCUAGAAAUCCAGGAGAUUUUCCUACCUCUUCUGGAGGUGGAGGGAAAAUUAAUACCAAUAUUUAUCCUGGGGAGUCUAAAAGUUCCGGGGGGAUUUUGAAUCCUUGGACGAGGAGGCGGGAAGGACAUGAGAAACACCAUGAAGAGUCCUCCGAAGAGGACGAAGGCGUUGUUCAGAGUCAAGAUGUGGAAGUUAAGGAAAGGACUUCUUCUAGGAAUCCAGGAAAUUUCACUACCUCUUCUGGAGAUGGAGGGAACAUUAAUACCAAUGUUUAUCCUGGACAGUCUAAAAGUCCCGGGGGGAUUUUGAAUCCUUGGACGAGGAGGCGGGAAGGACAUGAGAAACACCACGAAGAGGAUGAAGGCGUCGUUGAGAGUCAAGAUGUGGAAGUUAGGGAAAGGACUUCUUCUAAGAAUCCAGGAAAUUUCACUACCUCUUCUGGAGGUGGAGGGAAAAUUAAUACCAAUGUUUAUCCUGGGGAGUCUAAAAGUCCCGGGGGGAUUUUGAAUCCUUGGGCGAGGAGGCGGGAAGAACAUGAGAAACACCAUGAAGAGGACGAAGGCGUUGUUGAGAGUCAAGAUGUGGAAGUUAAGGAAAGGACUUCUUCUAAAAAUCCAGGAGAUUUUCCUACCUCUUCUGGAGGUAGAGGAAAAAUUAAUACCAAUGUUUAUCCUGGGGAGUCUAAAAGUCCAGAGGGGAUUUUGAAUCCUUGGGCGAGGAGGCGGGAAGGACAUGAGAAACACCAUGAAGAGGACGAAGGCGUUGUUGAGAGUCAAGAUGUGGAAGUUAGGGAAAGGACUUCUUCCAGAGAUCCAGGGAAUUUAUCCAGGAUCAUUGGGGACGUGAAAGGUAUCGGUUCCAACGCCGGUCCAGGACGAUCCAAAAACCCUGGUGGGAUUUUGGGGAGCCUGACCGGGAUCCUGAAAGGAACCACCAGCACGACAACCCCCAGUCCUGAGAGAAAGUCCCUCCUUCGACCUACCAGGCCAGUAAAGGUGAACACCAACGUGAACCAACGGAACAGAAUCACGGUGAACCGUCCUCUCGGUCCCCAUGAGAACCUGACCAUAGUCGUGCAAAACCACGCCGUGAACUCGCCGAUAUUCGUCAGCGAAGGAAUCUCCGGCUCCCAUUUUCAAAUCCUGCAACAGACCACGAAGAAACCGCCGAAAUUGCCAGGAAGCGGGAGUACGAUUCCUGGAAACUAUGCCGAUGGGGUCCAGAGGCCAAUUUAUCAGGGAAAUUUUGGGUCUGGAGGCUAUGGCGAGGUUCCAUCAACUGUUAAACCCGUGAACAGACCUAGACCUACUAAAGUGAGACCCUACGUUCCCCAGAUAAUCCAAGAAUUACCUGGAAAUGGUAGUUUAAUUCCUGGAAACUAUGCUGACGGGGUCCAAAGGCCAAUUUAUGAGGGAAAUUUUGGGUCUGGAGGUUAUGGCGAGGUUCCAUCAACUGUUAAACCCGUGAACAGACCUAGACCUACUAAGGUCAGACCUUACAACGGGUAUCAGCCUGUUUCCGGACCUUAUGGCGACCCGGAUAAUCCUAAUCCUCCUAGUUAUGGAGUCCAGAGACCAUUUUAUCAGGGAAGUGUUGGGUCUGGAGGUUAUGUCGAGGUUCCAUCAACUGUUAAACCCAUAAACAGACCUAGACCUACUAAGGUCAGACCCUACAACAGUCAACAAUCUGUUUCUAGGCCUUACGUCCCUCAAAUCCUUCAAGAACUACCAGGAAACGGCAGUUUAAUUCCUGGAAACUACGCUGAUGGGGUCCAGAGGCCAAUUUAUCAGGGAAAUAUUGGGUCUGGAGGUUAUGGCGAGGUUCCAUCAACUGUUAAACCCGUGAACAGACCUAGACCUACUAAAGUAAGACCCUACGUUCCCCAGAUCAUCCAAGAAUUACCUGGAAAUGGAGGUUUAAUUCCUGGAAACUACUCUAAUGGGAUCCAGAGGCCAUUUUAUCAAGGAAAUGUUGGGUCUGAAGGUUAUGUCGAGGUUCCAUCGACUGUUAAACCCGUAAACAGACCUAGACCUACUAAGGUCAGACCCUACAACAGUCAACAACCAGUCUCUAGACCAUACGUUCCCCAUAACAUUGGAGACCCGGAUAAUCCAAACCCCCCGAGUUAUGGUUAUCAGGCAAGGCCGACAAACGACCACAUCCCUGAUAAUGACUUCUUCAACUGGAGUUAUCGACCUUCGGUCGGGUAUAUCGAGACCCCUAGACCCAUCUCGACGGCCUCUUCAGGGUUUAACGUGGACCAGGAUGAAAAUGUCCAUCAGGGUGGUUCCCAGCAAGCUGGUCUGGGGUCUGGGGGAAGUUGGUCUUCGGCAAGGCCUGGUUAUGGUUCUGCUGGUCCAUUUGCUGAACAAGGUCCUGGAGAUUCUUGGUACGAUGGGUACUAUGAUGGGUUCAGGAUGGGUCAGGUGCAGGAUGGAUUUGAUCCCGAUGGAAGUGCUGGAGAUCGAGAGGAAAAUGCAGACUUGAGUGAAGAAUACUCCGAUGGUCAUCAUGGUCACGAUGGGCAUGAUGGGCAUGAUCGGCACGAUGGUUAUGAUUAUCGCCGUGAUGGUCAUGGUCAUAGUGAUCAUCAUGGUCACAAUGGGUACGAUGGUCAUGAUAGUCAUGGUGACCAGCAUGGUCACAAUGGGUACGAUGGUCAUGAUAGUCAUGGUGACCAGCAUGGUCACAAUGGGUACGAUGGUCAUGAUCGGCAUGAUAGUCAUCAUGGUCACAAUGGAUACGAUGGUCAUGAUCGGCAUGAUAGUCAUCAUGGUCACAAUGGGCACGAUGGUCAUGAUCGUCAUGAUGGUAACCAUGGUCAUUAUGGUCACAUUGGUUAUGAUGAUCACAAUGGUCAUGCUCAGACCUACCAGAAACUUCCCAUCCAAACUUUUGUCGCACCAAAUGGACAGAAGAUCCAAACUUAUCUGACCAGGCCGGUAGAUCUGCAACCUUGGUCCCACCAAUCAGCGUUUUUAAAUGGAUAUCCAAAUGUUCAUCGCCAGACAGGAUAUCCUGUUCAAGGUCUUCAAAACAGUGGAUACUCGAACCAAGAUGUUCAUCAACCAGGAAGCGAUGGAUACCUAAACCCAAAUGUUCAUCAUCGACCAGGAUAUCUGGUUCAAAGUCCUCAGAAUUGUGAAUAUCCAGACCAAAAUGUUCAUCAUCAAUCUGGAAAUGAUGGAUAUUCAAAUCAGAAUGUUCAUCAUCAAUCUGAAAAUAAUGGAUAUCCAAACAUAAAUGUUCAUCGUCCAUCUGUAAAUGACAGAUAUCCAAAUCAAAACGUUCAUCAAUCUGAAAAAAAUGGAUAUCUAAAUCAAAACGUUCAUCAUUUAUCAGGAAAUAAUGGAUAUCCAAAUCAAAAUGUUCAUCAUCAAUCUGGAAAUAAUGGAUAUCCAAACCCAAAUGUUCAUCAUCAAUCUGAAAAUGGUGGAUAUCCAAAUGAAAAUGUUCAUCACCAAUCUGGAAAUGAUGGAAAUGCAAAUGAAAAUGUUCAUCAUCAAUCUGAAAAUAAUGGAUAUUCAAAUCAAAAUGUUCAUCAUCAAUCAGGAAAUAAUGGAUAUGCAAAUGAAAAUGUUCAUCAUCAAUCAGGAAAUAAUGGAUAUGCAAAUGAAAAUGUUCAUCAUCAAUCAGGAAAUAAUGGAUAUUCAAAUCAAAAUGUUCAUCAUCAAUCAGGAAAUAAUGGAUAUGCAAAUCAAAACGUUCAUCAUCAAUCUGAAAAUAAUGGAUAUCCAAACCCAAACGUUCAUCGUCAAUCUGAAAAUAAUGGAUAUACAAAUCAAAAUGUUCAUCAUCAAUCAGCUGAUCAAGAAGCGAGAGUAGAGGUGCCGAAGCCAUUGUUAGUCCAGCACAGACAAGAUGACUUUCAAUUGUCAAAGACAAUUGCAAAUGAAUCCCCGACACAGUAUUAUUACAAUAAAAAUGUACUGAAACGAUACCCUGACGGAAUUGACAUUUUGACAGAUCUGAAAUAUGACACUUUGGAUGAUUCAGUUGAUGACUCGAUGACAGCGACCAAGAAUGUUUCCUACACUCGAAUUGACGUCACCACGACUGACAAAAUUGACAAAGUCGACCAACGAACGAAUGACAAAGGACAAUUUGAUGAUGACAAUGACGGACGUGAUGACGAUGAGGCGAAUCAUGAAACUCGAAUUCCUCAGAAUUAUUCCUCCAUGAAGACUAAUGUUACCGGAAGUGACAGACUUGACAAUAAUGGCGGAAAAAAUGAGAAAAAUGGAGACGAUGAUUUUCAUGAUUUCGAUGAUUUGAAUGACUUUAGAAGAAACGUGACCGAUAGUCCUGAAGACAAGGAAGAGAAAGACAAUAAAAGACAAGAAGAACAUGACGAGAAGUCGAUGACUACGCUAAUGACUUUGUUGAGUAAGAGUGACGAUGAUUUUAAUGAUUUUAAUGAUUUCAAUAGAACCGUGACAACCGAUACUAAGGACGAAGGAAGAAUCACCGAACGACAAAGAGAAAGUCAAGACGAGGAAUUGAUGACUACACCGAUGACUUUAUUAAGUAAAAGUGACGACAGUGACAAUGACGAUGUCGAUGACGGUGACAUCUUUUCUGAUCAACUGAGUGACAGACUUGGCAGUGUUGACAAUAGAAGAGACGGACUUGACAGUCGCGACAGAAAUACCAAAGAAAAUGAUGGAAUCAUGAAUUUUAAUGACUCCAAAGAAAAGACGACGUCUGGUGAUGAUUUUGAGAAGGAAACGAGUAGUAGAGAAAGACGAAGAGAACAUCGUGAUGAACAUUUGAAGAUGAAGCAGUUAAUGAUUUCCAAUGACAAUGUUGAUGAUGAUGAUGAUGAUUUGGCUUUAAAAACUUUCUCGAGUUUUCCAAAGAAAGACAGGCGGUCCAGUCGUCAGGCAAUUUCAAAAUUGGCGCCUUUUUUGGAAAUAUCCAAGAUGGCGUCGGAUGAAUUCACGAGUGCCAAGGAAUUGCCGAGGCCCCUCAAUUUACGGAGCCCUGGCUCCUAGGGUCGUUUAAUGCUUUUGUUGCUUAAUUUUUCAGCCCGUUAAUCGAUAAUUAACGUAACCGUUAAUUCAUUAAUAGUGCAAUGCGCAUUAAUUCAUUUACAAUUGAGGCACAAGAUGAUGUUACGUUUUGUUUCCGUCCUUCAUUACAUACGAUUUUAUCAUGUCGAUAAACAGUGUCCGACACGUACCAACUCCAACUGUACAUAUAAAACUCAUAAAUUAUUUUUUCUAUUAACAUUUAUAAACCUUUUACAUAUUUUUCACCGCGCUCAAUAUAAAGUAACAAAAAAAAAAUAUUCAUGGCUAGAAUUUAUAUAAUAAGCCAAAAUAUAUUGUUUAAAUAAAGUAUUUUACAUGCGAUUUAGACGUUUACGUUAGAAUAGAAUUUAUAAAACCCUUACUACUUACUCUGUAAUAUUAGUCUAGCAUUUCGUUUGUUUGUUUAAUUUAUAUGUUACUAUAUGGUGCAAAUAAAUGUACAUUUAACAGUC